ACCUCCAAAAACCUACACACUAACAGCACACUCCAUCUCCUAUACCAAACAAUCAGCUUCUUCUCCACUCCACCUCCUCCACUCACUCCACGUCCACCACCUUCCUCCAUUCUCCACAACAUCUCCUUCACUGCCUACCCUUCCCAACUCCUUGCCAUCGUCGGCCCAAGCGGCGCCGGCAAGUCUACUCUCCUUGACAUCCUCUCCGCCCGCACCUCCCCCACCUCCGGCCAUCUCCUCCUCAACUCCACCCCACUCCGUCCUUCCCUCUUCCGUCGCAUCUCCUCCCACGUCCCUCAACACGACCUCUUCCUCCCUCUCCUCACUGUCUCCGAGACCUUCACUUUCACUGCUUCUCUUCUCCUCCCCUCCUCCUCCUCUCCUUCCUCCAUCUCCUCCACCGUCUCCUCCCUCCUCUCCUCUCUCCACCUCUCCCAUCUCUCCCACUCCCUUCUCUCCUCCUCUCUCUCCGGCGGUGAACGCCGCCGCAUCUCCAUCGGCCUCAGCCUUCUCUCCGACCCUUCCAUUCUCCUCCUCGAUGAACCUACCUCCGGUCUCGACAGCUCCACCGCCUUCUCUCUUCUCCUCACUCUCCGCUCCCUCUCCCUCUCCCGCCACCGCACCAUCAUCCUCUCCAUCCACCAACCCAGCUCCAAACUCCUCUCCACCAUCGACUCCAUUCUCCUCCUCUCCAACGGCUCUCUCCUCCACCAUGGCGACCUCCAUUCCCUCUCCUCCCUCCUCCUUUCUUCCGGCUUCCCUCUCCCCUCCCAACUCAACCCUUUAGAGUACGCCAUGGAACUCCUCUCUCAUCUCCACUCUUCUUCUUCUUCUUCUCCCCCUGAUCCUCCAUUAACUAAUAUACCUUCUCAUAAUCACAACCGCCACCUUUGCAUGUCCGUCACCUACACCAGCUCUCGUCCCCACGAGAUCCUCACACUCUAUUCUCGUUCUUGGAAACUCAUCUACCGAACUCGCCAGCUUCUCCUCACCAACACCAUCGAAGCACUUGGCGUCGGCUUCCUUCUCGGCACUAUUUACAUUAACAUGGGCUACACCAAACAAGGCAUUGACAAACGUCUGGGUCUCUUCGCUUUCACUCUAACUUUUCUCCUCUCUUCCACCACUGAAACUCUCCCUAUCUUCGUCGGUGAGAGGCCCAUUCUCCUCCGUGAGGCUUCUUCCGGUCUCUACCGUCUCUCUUCUCAUCUCUUUGCUACUACAAUGGUCUUCAUCCCUUACCUUCUCUGCAUUUCAUUGUUGUACUCCGCCUCUGUUUACUUUUUAGUUGGUCUUUGCUUCACUUGGGAGGCAUUCUCAUGCUUUGUGCUUAUAGUUUGGGUGGUAGUGCUCACAGCCAACUCCUUCGUUCUCUUCGUUAGUUCUCUAGCGCCGGAUUACAUCGCCGGAACGUCACUGGUGAUGGUGUCAUUGGCCGGAUUCUUUCUUUUCUCCGGCUACUUCAUCUCAAUGGGAAGCAUGCCUUCGUACUGGUUGUUCGCACAUUACUUGUCACCGUAUAAGUAUGCGCUUGAUGCGCUGCUGGAGAAUGAGUAUGGGUGUGCGGCGGCAAGGUGCUUUGAGAGAGAGGAUGGAGUGUCGACGUGCAUGGUGACCGGCGCCGACGUGCUGGCUCGCCGGGGGUUAAAGGAGGGACAGAGGUGGGUGUGCAUUGAGGUCUUGUUUGGGUUUUUCUUCGUCUAUCGUUUGCUCUAUUGGCUUGUGCUUUCUCGGCGGGCCUCCAUGUGUAAGAAAUAAAUUAUUAUUAUUAUUAUUAUUAUUAUUAUUUAAUAAUAA